AUGCAGCUCUGGUUGGAAGCUAUAGACUUCUCCAAGGUGCACACCUUGUCAAUCGAUUAUGGGAACACUCGGCCAGAAGGGAAAAGUUUACUCGUUGACCUUCCCCGAGCAUUAACAGUUCUCGAGAAUCUCUCUAUUCAAGGUCGGUGGUUAAAUUGGAGGAAACAUCUGGCGGAGUGGGAAGCUGCCCCAGGGCCAUUACCAAAGAACAAGUGGUCUUCUUCACCGCCUCCUCCGGCCCUCGAUUUCAUCUUGGCAUUACCUCCAACAUUGAAGCAGCUCAUCUGGAAAGAGAGUGAAACUGUCCAUGAGGACAUCUUCAAUCCUGUUUUGAAGCAUCACGGAUCCUCGCUGCAACAUCUCCAGUGGACGAACCAUGAGAGAGGAUUCAAGCCCAGGCCAGUACUAAGUGAGGAUCAGCUGCGCAGCCUUUGCAAAUGGAUACCUGGUUUGACCAGCCUUACGAUUGAUCUCGAACGAAGAAACGGGACCUUACCUCAAGAGGAGCUGCACAUCCUUGCUGAGACUUUACCCGAAUUGAGAAGGCUGGUUGUUAAUCUAAAUUUGUUGGAUGAAAAGCUACUGAUGAACAAUACUGGCUAUGAAGAUAAGAAGAAACAUGCAUUGGAUUCCAUUUUAGAUGUCGAAGAAGGUCUUGAUUUGUUCCAAGGUCUAAUAAAGGCCAAGGUCGGCAAGAACUUCGACAGUGUCGAGUUUCUUCAGGGUGAAUGGACUGAUGAUUGGCCUUUCGGACAAAGUCUCUGGGAGGAUAGACAUUGGGUUAGGUGCUGGUUGGUUAGAAAGGAUGGGGGAGUAGGGGCGAAAUGCAAAUCAGGACAUGAAAACGCUUUUGACCCCGACUUCUGGUAG